GGGGCUCCUGUGGCGGUGCCAGCCGACCCCUCCCUCGCCCACCUGACAGUCCAGCGCCGCCACCCCCUUCCCGGGAGGGGGCCCCAUGAUGCAAUACGCGGCGAGAGGCGGGGGCCCGGCUCCCUCGGCCUGCGGACCGGCGCUGCUUAGGAGGGGCUGCCGGCGGCGGCGGCGGCGGCGGCGCCCAGGAUGAGCAGCCCGGAGGAGCAGGGGGGGUCGCCCGCCGCCCGCGAGGAGCAGCAGCAGCAGCAGCCGGCGGGGGAGGGCAGCGGCGACGAGGGCAUCACCUGGUGGUACCGCUGGCUGUGCCGCCUGGCCGGCAUCGUCGGCGCCGUCUCCUGUGCCUUAGCCGGCCUCUUCAACUGCAUCACGGUCCAUCCCCUCAACAUAGCAGCUGGAGUUUGGAUGAUGCUGAACGCCUUUGUCCUCCUCCUCUGUGAAGCGCCGUUCUGCUGCCAGUUUGUUGAAUUUGCAAAUGCUGUGUCAGCGAGGGCAGAUAAGCUCCGCCCCUGGCAGAAAGCAGCUUUCUACUGCGGAAUGGCCGUGUUCCCUGUUAUACUGAGCCUGACCCUGACGACCUUGCUGGGCAAUGCCAUUGCGUUUGCGACGGGGGUGCUGUAUGGGCUUUCGGCCCUGGGCAAAAAGGGAGAUGCCAUUUCGUACGCAAGGAUGCAGCAGUUACGCAAACCGACCAAUGACGAGGCACUGACUGGGACCAUCGAAGGGCAGCUGGUGUGACCUCUCAACAUCGGAAGGAUUCAUUUAGGGCCAGCCAUGCUCUUCUUGACUUUGACAAAGUGAAUUCCACACUGGUGGUAAAACUGACCUCAGAACCCUUUUUUGAAGCUCUUCCAAACUUUCAUUACUAAACCAGAGGGCAAAGGAGGAAAGCUUAACCCCUUUCUCCCCAAAAUGUUUUCAGAAACCCAAACAGAUGUAACACUGUGAAUCAAAUAUGCUGCAGCUUUUAAGGGGUGGGGCUUAAAUCAAGACUCCUCCCUGAGCUCUGCCCUAUUCAGUUCUUAGGUUGGAUUAGAACCAAAUAGGGUGAAUAGCCCAUUCAUCAUAAUAUUGUACUGUAUUCUCACCCAGCCCUUCACAUGCUGCAUGACAAGCUCUCAGUUUGGUGGCUCAGUGCGAUACUACUGCGUACAGCAGGUGGUGUAUUUCCCACCCCCAAUAGCCUUGAAUUUUGUUGGGGGUGGCAGUGAUAACUUCAACCAAACUCCAGAAUCCUAAGUUAUAAGAAGCGAGUCUGUGAGCAGCCACCAUGGUGGUCUCCCUCAGCUGCGGCUUCCAAGGGCUGCAGACUUUGUGCCCCCUCCCCUUGAGGGGGUGUUCUUGCACACAGUGCAGAAUUAUUUUUCUUUUUAGCAUAGGUGUUCUGUGAGGUAGUUUCAUAAUUUUAGAACGUAAUGGUGGAGUGUGGUUUGAGGGUAGCCUUUUUUGUAGGGGUGUGUGUGACUUGUGGAUGUUUGGUUUGGAUUUUUUUCAAGCUUUUGUUUCAGCCUCUCCUAUAGACCAUUAUAUAGAGAGAACAUAGUUUUUACUACAGUGGAACCUUGGUAUACGUUGCCGUCGGUGUUCGGCAGUUUUGGUCUUUGCCGGUCGCCCCCAGCCAUUUCCUUGCCUCGGUGAUCGUUGGUCACCUUGGCUUCCAAGGCAACUUUUUCAAAAAUCUGGUGCACCGUUUGCGUUGCGCAUGCGCAAAUGGCGAUGCAUAUGCACAAACGGCGUACCUCGGAGUAUGCCGAUUUUGGUGUUUGCUGUGCGUCAAUGGAUGCAUUAUCGGCAAACACCAAGAUUCCACCGUAUUUAAUAAAAGAUUACAUCUUCCAAAUAUGACCAGGAUCAACUCCAGAAGUUUAGCAUUUACUGUGGCCCAGAGGCUAACAAAGGCAUCCCCCCAAUGGUCAGGGAUGGCAUGGGGGGCAUUUUGAUUGUACAGUCCAAUCCUUCCAGUUUACAAUGCCUUACCAGUGCCCCCCCCCCCCCCCCAGCUAUACAGCACAGAACUUUGAUUCUUCAAUCUGAGGCACUGAACCAUCUGUUUCUCUGCCCUUCUUGAGAACAGCUUGUUGAGAAAAGGCCUCCCUGGUCUGGAUUUCUCCCACAGAUUUGAUUCUUUUCUAGCUGUUAACUACACUUAGUUAUCUUUCUGUGCUUCCUUUUUAUUUCUGAGAUAUGCAUUUAUUGAUGCUUAUUACUAUCCCACAGGUUUGCUUUUUGUUUUGCUUUAGGAACCCUAAUUAUUUAACUCCUUAGGACUUUAUUUCGGAUACUUCUGAUUCCUUUUGAUUAUGGUGCUUUUUUGUUGGGGAAUGAUUACUAUUUAUUUAUAUUAAGUCUCUUUCUAGGAAAGGAGGUGGGCCUUUAUUGCUUGAGAACACUUUUGUUAACAAAGUAAGAUGGUAAUUUAGGAUUUAGAUGCUUAAGAAUCUUACCUGCUGGCUGUAGUGUUGCAUUGAGCCAGCAGGGGGGCAGUUUUUGCCACAAGGAGGUGGUGGCAAAGGAAGCCCUGUAGCAAAAUGCUUCCUUUCUGAAGAAACUUAGUGACGGCACAGAAGUUUCCCCAGUUUAGUGUGAGUUAUUGAAAAACAGCAAAAGAUUUGUCAGCAAGGUCUUCUUUUCUUCUGAAAAUUCAGAGAAUGAAUGAGGCUGGUUCAGAACCAUUUUCUUCCAUAUGGAUGGAGGAAAAGGAUCAAGAACAGGGUAAUUUAUCCUCAGAUUGACUUAUUUCACUCACCUGUCUACUGCUGUUUUUGGAGAUGCUGAAUCUGCACAGUUGCAUUUUUUCGGUAUGUUGGAACUUCUUACAGCUCAUGCAAAUAGUGGCUUUUUCUCAGGAUCCCACACAGCCUGAUAGGUCGGCCUGGUUUCUGCUGCUUUCUCUCUGGAGUGCAUUUAACAGUUUUCAGUAACCAGCACCAUUUCUCCAGGUGGGGGAAAUGCAGUAGAUGUAAGUGUGUGUAACAGUGGGGGCCAUGUGGUCUGGAAGGCAGUAGGAUCAGGCCCUGUGGCUUGGCUCCAUUUCUAGAGCUGAACUGUCCAGGGAAGCAAGAAGGAAGUGUUUUGGCUCCCCUUGUAUGCAAAAAAAUUCUUGCACUUCUGUAGUUUUUCCAACUGCUUUUGCAAACAGAUUAAUGGUGCUGGCCUGUGCUGGCUGAUUCAGGCUGCAGUUUUUCCUGAGAUCCAGCUGCCAAACUCAAGGACCUCUCUGAUGCAGGCCUCCAUCCCAGACUAGGAUCUGGAUCCCUGCUCGGCCAUGAAAGCUGCUGGGUGACCUUGGGCCAGUCGGACUCACAUAUACAUACACCCCCCCACGCUCUACCUAACCUACCUUACAGGAUUGUUGUGAGGAUGAAAUGGAGAAGGGAAUAGAAUCAUAAGAGUAGGAAGGGCCAACAAGUCCAACCCCCUGCAACGCAGGAACAACCAAUCGUCCCAGUAGCUUCAGUUAAGAAGGAUGUUGGUGGAUCAGUUGACUUCUUGGAAAGUGGCUUCAGAUAUUCAUGGAUGCUAACAGUGUCCUGUUGCUGUGGGCAUUUGAAUGGCAGCAGCAGCAGCAGCAGCAGCAGCAGCCGGUGGGGGGGGGGGACCAGAGAAAUCAGUGUCACAGUGGCUCACAUUCUGAGGAUAACCAUGGGGGUCCAGUGCAUUUGCUGAACAGGGGGAAAGGCACCCACCCCCCAGCAAUCUGAUUUAAGGCUUGGGGGGGGGGAUCUCAGCUCUGCAGGCCUGGAGAACACAGCAGAAGGCUGGAUGAUUGGUACAUUUCAUUCCGCUUUUUGGUCUAAGCAGACCACUGCCUAGAUAGGCAUUACUAUUUGGGGUGGCCAGUUGUGCUCAAUCACAGUGAGAUGGCGCUGGUCAGGACCACUGACUCUUGCCCACUCUCUUUCUUUUUAAAUAAGGUUUACUUGACCAAUUAUCCUGUUGAAAAAAUUGCUACUCAGGGCUGUUAAAAGAAAAGUUGCUUUCAAGUAAAUGACAGACCCAUUGUGAGACAAGGGAAGUUUUUCGAGGGGAGGGGGGGGUGAUCCGUUUGGCUCAGGUGAAAUCACUGGCAUUACAGUUUUCAGGGCCAGCAGGUCUGCAGUGUUCGAUUAGAUGUUGAUGUUUCCCACAUUGUUCUGAGAUGGAAAAUGAAAUGCAAAGAAACCAUCUUGGGAGGCAACUUUGGCCUCAUUCUGAGAUCCAAACUGCAUUUUAUCAGAGAGACACACAUAACUGAGUAUACCUUUGGUUUUUACUGCAGUGAACUCAGAAGUGCCUUUGACUUUGACUGGAGCUGAAUGGGGUUGGUUUCACCUGAGAGGCAUAAACACUCCCUCCCUGUCCCAGCCUAGAACAGGAUAAUUUUGCGGAGAAAGCCAUUCUCUGUGACACCUGGUUUUCUGGAUGGAAAGAAUCUUUUUGUACAGAGGCACAUUAAAAUUACAGCUGCAGUCGGACAUAAAGCUAAACCAGGCUUUAUGAGACCUUGGCUAGUUAUCCUAUUAAGACUGCAUAUGGUCCAGCAAAUCAGGUUUUAAUCAAAUAGAUAUUUCAAGUGAAGCUUGUAGUAGUUUAAAUAGUAGUUAAAUAUCAUUCUUACAACUGUUGUAUGUUCUGACAUUUCAAUGCACAAAUGACAUCUCAGUCACAAACCACAGUUUGCGUUGUGGUGCUCAUUAAGGGACAUGGAAUAUGUCCUCUCUACUUGGGAGGUGAAGAGAAGGAGGCAAGCCUGAGUUGGGAGAGUAAGGUCCAAACUACACCUUCAUGGAAGUGUUCCAGAGAAUUAUGCGUACAUGGAUCAGCAAAAACAAGGACAUAACUUUCGUCAACACUGUUCCUACGUGGAAAAAUGGCUUGGGAAGUGGGGGCAGGUAGGAACUCUCCCACUGCCCUGAGGUAGUGAUCUAAGCACCUUUGGGCUUGCCUUUAUUUUUUAAAAGCCAUCCCCUGCAGCUCCUGUGUGGCUGUCAGGAUCCCAUGUUGGCUCUGGGAAUCCUGGACUCAACUUGGUAAAAACCCAAAACAUGCAGUUUGGCCUUGACAAGAGAGAGUUGCAUGAACUAUGGUUUCCACAAACUGCAGCUGACUGUGAUGUCUGAAUACAGCCUGUGUCAACUCUCAGCAGUGCAGCCCAGAGGGACCCUGGCCUUCGGUGGGAAUUAGGCCUUUCUUAGCUCUGCCAACGCAGGGUAUCUACUUUGAGAAGUGUGAUGUGUGAAUUGUUCCUGAAUGAACUUCAGCAGACCAACUGGUCGUGCCUCUGCAGGGUUAAAGGGAGAUGAAGUUGGUGCUGCACUUGGCAUGCUCCGCACAGCCAGCUGCCCUCAGUUCGAAGGGCUGGGCACACUGACCAACCAAACUGGAGGGAAGGCUGUCUUUGCUGGGCUUGAAGGCUGUGACAAGAUAGGCCAGUUUUUGUGAAACGUUGAAACUUGACAACCAAUUUUAUAGGGCUGUCUAAACUGCUUCUGUUCUGUGUAUGCAGUGAAUAAAAAGACCUUUCUACCUCUGGUGAGAA